ACCCUGGGCGUGAUUCUCCCUCCCUGGCACAGACGGAGACCCGAGUGACCCCGGGGUCCGGGUGGGAGUGGGGAACGGACCCAUAGGCCCGGGACGAGCGGCGCGGAGCCCGCAGCUGGCCAGCUUCAGCCACCUUGGGAGACGCAGUGCAGCUGCCGCUGCUGACAGACUAGACGAAGGCUCGGCGGGGCCCCACCCCAGAUCCGGCCAGAGCGCCUUCCGCGCUGCUUGGCCUCAAGGCGUGAGUCACCAAGGGCCUCAAGUUCCGUGGCUUGGUUCUCAGGGUCUCCGGCCUCGGGCCCAUUAAUCUUCAGACCCGGCUUUUUCGACGCCGAGCUGCCGCCUAGCCCCAAUGGCAGGGCCUUCCAGGAAGACCAAGUCGGACUGCUCCCCAACUCCCGCAGCUGCUCGGCCCCUGCAAAGCCCCGGGGAGCGUUUCUACUCUCCCUUGAGCCCAUGCCACUCCCCUGUCACUCCUAGGAAACUCGUUUUUGCGCAGAAACUCCUGGAGAACAGCCCUGGCCGCCACGUACUCGCCCGGACUGCAAAGCCCACAGAGCUUCAAUUCGGAGGAAGAGGAGUGGGGAGCCCUGAGCUGGGGUGUUCCUGGAGGAGGUCGAGGAGGGGGCUAGUGGGGGAGAGGCAUUCCCUGGAAACGUUUGGAAGCUUUGGUAAUCUUGGAGACCAUGUCAGGAAAGAAGCGUACUCAUGCCGUCCGCGGUGUGCCCACCCGGGUCCCCAUCAGUGCCCCACGCACUCGAGCUCUUCCUCGGUGUCUGCAGCCUCUUCAUCCGCGGAGAGGCGGAGGUCUCCCGGAAAGCCAGUCCGACUGUGGCACCCCAGAGCGUCCAAUGCGAGCUCAGGCCUUUCCCACAAGUCUGGAGUUUUCUUACCCAGUUGAGGCCGCCUUUGCUGUACUCACUCCCUACCCUCCCGCCCCAUCCUCUGCCACCCUACCUCCAUCUUUGAUGGUUAGCGCCUUCAGCCCUCAACAGCUUCGCACAACCAAUCCCCUAGAAGCUGUGAAGUCAGACCAGCCAGGGUGGGACCUAGGUUUUAACUCGGGUUCUGGCUACACAUGCUGCGCCUCCAUACAGUUUGUCCCAGAUUUGGCAGCAGGCCGGAACUCUGCUUUGGCCUCUGUCUGUUCGUGUCGCAGUUGGGCAAGUUUCUAGCUACCCCACUGAGAGGACCAUAGAACAAGGACCCUGGCAUGGCAUACAGACAAGGAAUGUUUGCUCAAUUAAUGGAGCUGGUGCCUUGCGGCUUCCCUCUUGUUCCUUGAAGUUGCCCUUGCUGUCCUCCACAUCAGCUCCCUCUCCUCCUCAGCUACUUAUUCCCCAUCCUGACUUCUAGUCUUGAUCCCCAAGUACUUGUUGAAUUCUGUAUGGACAGCCAAGCAUCCACUUCUGACAAUCCCUGUGGCCCCACCCCAUUUGUUUUUUAGACUUCUCCUUUUUGUCCCCAUCCCCCAAGUUAUAAAACUAUAA